AUGGCCUGGGAUGGCUUAUCAGGGAUGGAAUUGUUAGAAUUGUUGACAAAGUUAUCGAACUUCCAGAUUUUUUGCAGGGUGUGGGUCGUAUCAAGAAUGUGUUUUGCUGGUGAGGAGUCUGGUAGAGAGGUGUUGCGUAAGGCAAUGUUCGUUGGAGCGUUUGAUCCCAAUGAUGUUGGUUCCACCUCGAGCCAUUCGGGGGAGAUGGUUGAUGCGAUUGAUUCGUUCCUCUCUUGUGAUUAUGCUUCCAUGAUGAAGUUGGGCUCCCUGGAUAUUGGCGGCCUUCGCCAACUAUGUGCGGAUGAUGAUAAUGAAGGAGCAGGUCCUAGCAGCAAUAAUUUUUCUUAA